UUGAGCCGGGGGUGUGGAGCAGCCAAGAUGGAGCCGGCAGCCGGCGGCCCCGGCCCAUUGAUCAUGAACAACAAACAGCCCCAGCCGCCACCACCUCCGCCACCGGCAACCGCGCAGCCUCCACCCGGAGCCCCGCGGGCCGGCGGGGGCCUCCUGCCCGGGGGCAAAGCCCGGGAGUUCAACCGCAACCAGCGCAAAGACUCGGAGGGCUAUUCCGAGUCGCCAGAUCUGGAGUUUGAAUAUGCUGACACAGACAAGUGGGCUGCGGAGCUCGCGGAGCUUUACAGCUACACAGAAGGGCCAGAAUUCCUGAUGAAUCGAAAAUGCUUUGAGGAGGACUUCCGGAUCCAUGUAACAGAUAAGAAAUGGACCGAGCUGGAUACCAACCAGCACCGUACCCAUGCCAUGAGGCUCCUGGAUGGCCUGGAAGUCACUGCCAGGGAGAAAAGACUCAAGGUGGCUCGAGCAAUUCUCUAUGUUGCCCAAGGCACCUUUGGAGAGUGUAGCUCGGAGGCAGAGGUGCAGUCCUGGAUGCGCUACAACAUCUUUCUGCUCCUGGAGGUGGGCACGUUCAAUGCGUUGGUGGAGCUUCUGAACAUGGAGAUAGACAACAGUGCGGCGUGCAGCAGCGCAGUGAGGAAGCCGGCCAUCUCCCUGGCGGACAGCACAGACCUGAGGGUCCUGCUUAACAUCAUGUACCUGAUUGUGGAGACUGUUCACCAGGAGUGUGAGGGUGAUAAGGCUGAGUGGAGGACCAUGCGACAGACCUUCAGGGCUGAGCUGGGUUCCCCCCUGUACAACAAUGAACCAUUUGCCAUCAUGCUGUUUGGGAUGGUGACCAAAUUUUGCAGUGGCCAUGCCCCUCACUUCCCCAUGAAGAAAGUUCUCUUGCUGCUCUGGAAGACAGUGUUGUGCACACUGGGUGGCUUUGAGGAGCUACAGAGCAUGAAGGCUGAGAAGCGCACCAUCCUGGGCCUCCCCCCGCUGCCCGAGGACAGCAUCAAGGUGAUCCGCAACAUGAGGGCUGCCUCUCCGCCGGCGUCUGCCUCGGACCUGAUUGAGCAGCAGCAGAAGCGGGGCCGUCGGGAGCACAAGGCGCUGAUAAAACAGGACAACUUGGAUGCCUUCAACGAGCGGGAUCCCUACAAAGCUGAUGACUCUCGAGAAGAGGAAGAGGAGAAUGAUGAUGACAACAGUCUGGAGGGGGAGACAUUCCCCCUUGAGCGGGAUGAAGUGAUGCCUCCCCCAUUACAGCACCCUCAGACUGACAGGCUCACCUGCCCCAAAGGGCUUCCGUGGGCUCCCAAGGUCAGAGAGAAAGACAUUGAGAUGUUCCUGGAAUCCAGCCGCAGCAAGUUUAUAGGUUACACUCUAGGCAGUGACACGAACACGGUGGUGGGGCUGCCCAGGCCAAUCCAUGAAAGCAUCAAGACUCUGAAACAGCACAAGUACACGUCGAUUGCAGAGGUCCAGGCACAGAUGGAGGAGGAGUACCUUCGCUCUCCUCUCUCGGGGGGAGAAGAGGAAGUCGAGCAAGUACCUGCAGAAACCCUCUACCAAGGCUUGCUUCCCAGCCUGCCUCAGUAUAUGAUCGCGCUGCUGAAGAUCCUGCUGGCUGCAGCCCCCACCUCAAAGGCCAAAACGGACUCAAUCAACAUCCUAGCAGAUGUCCUGCCUGAGGAGAUGCCCACCACGGUGUUGCAGAGCAUGAAGCUGGGGGUGGAUGUGAACCGCCACAAGGAGGUCAUUGUUAAGGCCAUCUCUGCUGUCCUGCUGUUGCUGCUCAAGCAUUUUAAGUUGAACCACGUCUACCAGUUUGAAUACAUGGCCCAGCACCUGGUGUUUGCCAACUGUAUCCCUUUGAUCCUAAAGUUCUUCAAUCAAAACAUCAUGUCCUACAUCACCGCCAAGAACAGCAUUUCUGUCCUGGAUUACCCCCACUGCGUGGUGCACGAGCUGCCGGAGCUGACCGCCGAGAGUCUGGAGGCAGGUGACAAUAACCAGUUUUGCUGGAGGAACCUCUUUUCCUGUAUCAAUCUGCUUCGGAUCUUGAACAAGCUGACAAAAUGGAAGCAUUCGAGGACCAUGAUGCUGGUGGUGUUCAAGUCGGCCCCCAUCCUGAAGCGGGCCCUGAAGGUGAAGCAGGCCAUGAUGCAGCUGUACGUGCUGAAGCUACUCAAGGUGCAGACCAAGUACCUGGGACGGCAGUGGCGGAAGAGCAACAUGAAGACCAUGUCUGCCAUCUACCAGAAGGUGCGGCAUCGGCUGAACGACGACUGGGCAUACGGCAAUGAUCUUGAUGCCCGGCCUUGGGACUUCCAGGCAGAGGAAUGUGCCCUCCGUGCCAAUAUCGAACGCUUCAACGCCCGGCGGUACGACCGGGCCCACAGCAACCCGGACUUCCUGCCUGUGGACAACUGCCUGCAGAGUGUCCUGGGCCAGCGGGUGGACCUCCCUGAGGACUUCCAGAUGAACUAUGACCUCUGGUUAGAAAGGGAGGUCUUCUCCAAGCCCAUUUCUUGGGAGGAGCUGCUGCAGUGAGGCUCCUGGGCAGGGGACUGACAAGGAAAGAAGGGCUGACCUGGAGGUGCCCCAGGGGCUGUCCCGGUCCGUGGCUGCAGUGCUCCCACCUCCCUCCAGGUGGCAGCACAGCCCCACUGUGCCCUCCCUAGGCCGAGCUGGGCUGCUGGGGGAGGCUAGAUUUGGCCCCUCGUUGAUUCCCAGCGUCCUGCACCGAGUUCAGUCUGCUCUCUACUUGAGGUCCGCUCUUCCUUUACUCCUCCCCACCCUCUUGGACAUGGUUGGUUGCAGCUCAUUUCUCGUUCAGGCCAGGGCUGGGAAAAGCUGGGGUGGGCUGGGAAGCUAUUGCAUCUGAAUUGCAGGGGUCAUGCUGACUCUUCCAGAGACACGCAAAUCCUUGGCAUGUCAGCCUGCCAAGGAGGAGGGUCGGGGCCAGAAAGUCGAAAUCUUUGGUUUUGCUUUGAAGGGUUUCUGAUGUCAUUCCAGCCUCUUGCUAAGUUUCAUCCAGAAGCAAUUGCAGAGGCUCCUACAGCUGCCUCAGUGCUUUGAUUUUGGGCAGGGUUAGGGGGUAGGAAGAGAAGCUUCCCUUAACCAGAGGUGCCAUUUUUCCUCUUGGUUUGCGAGGGUUUGUAAAUACCUAUAUAUAAAUCUCUAUGUAUUCUCUUGUGUCACGUUGGGGUUUUUAACGUGUUUGUGUAUUCUGUUUACAUUAAAAGGAAGCAAAACCAA